AUGUCUCGCAUUGCUCUCGCCGCAAGCAUCAUCAAUGGCCUGAUCGCUGCCGGGCAUACUGUCAAAGGAUUUGAAAUCUUUGCCAGUCCAACGUGGAAAUCCCUCCCCAAACUCUUGUUCGCCUACGCUCGUGUCGGGUGGUAUCAAGGAUCCGUCUUCUUCGCCAUCGCUGGUCUUUACACAUACCAGCUGUCACAACGCUCGCCUGCAACUUGGACAGGCAUCGACCGUAUUAUCGUCGGUAUGACCUCUUUGCUUUAUCUCGGAAGCAGUGCCUGGUACUACAAGAACGGAGAUGGCGCUACCGGUACCCUCGUGGCCGUUGCUGGCGCCGUUCAAGGUAGUAUUUUGACUUCGUGAGUCGCGCAGGAAACAUACAUGUCGCUGUCACAGAACCCAUUGGAGAUGCUCUAGCAAGUCGGUCCAUCGACCUGAACAGACGCCCAUUCUGGUCUUAUACCGCGAAAGCUACCGAACCACAACUUGUC